UGGCCGGGCCGGGCCGCACCGGAGGAAGUCGGCGCUUGGCCGGGCGGGCCCCGCCCGGGAGGGGAAGUGAAACCGAAAUGCGCAGCGUUGGAGGGCGGGGAGGGGGGUGUUGCCGUGGCUUCGCCGUCCGCCGGGGUUCUGCCAGCCGCGCCGAUGUCCCGCAGGGCGCGAAGGGGGCAGGGGGAGGAGGAGGAAGAGGCAGCGGAGGAGGACGAAGAAGCGGCGAGGGGCAGCCAGGCGCGGCCCAAGGGCCAGCCGGAGCCCGCGGCGAGCGGCGGCAGGACCCAGGACCGGCAUGAGAGGAAACGGAAGAGGCAGGAGGCGCAGCAGCUCCAGAAGCUCCAGCACUUGGAGUCCUUCUACGAGAAACCUCCCCCAGGGCUGAUUAAGGAGAAUGAAACCAAACCAGAAGAUUGCAUACCUGAUGUACCGGGCAAUGAAAGUGCACGGGAGUUCCUGGCACAUGCCCCCACAAAAGGACUUUGGAUGCCUUUGGGAAAAGAAGUCAAAGUCAUGCAGUGUUGGAGGUGUAAACGUUAUGGACACAGAACAGGAGAUAAAGAAUGCCCAUUCUUUAUUAAAGGCAAUCAGAAAUUGGAACAAUUUAGAGUAGCACAUGAAGAUCCAAUGUACGAUAUAAUAAGGGAAAAUAAACGUCAUGAAAAAGAAAUGAGGAUACAGCAACUGAAGCAGCUCCUGGAGGACUCUACCUCAGAAGACGAUGAUGAUAACAGUGAUGACAGUGAUGAGGAUGAUGCAGAUGACAGCAGCUCCACUUCCUCAGAAUGUAGAGAUAAACACAAGAAGAAAAAGAGAAAGAAGGAAAAGAAAAAAAAAGAAAAGAAGAAGAAGAAAAAGAGAAAGCGUAAAUCAUCUAAAUCUAAUGAGAAGUCAGAAUCUGACUGACAGCAGUCACCUGCUGCAUGCUCAUUGACCCCUACUUGUGAACUUGAAGGAAAGAUCCAAAGAAUGAGGAAGAAACCACCAGAAAGGGCUUUAAUGAACUCAGAACCUACAGAUGUACGCAUACAGCAUCCUACAGGGGCUGUCCUCUUCUGCCCUUCUGCAGCCAGAAAGAAGAGCGCUGCAUUAAACAACACUCAACCAACCAUACCUGCACACUGUAAGGUCUGUGCUAAGGGUCAUCAGUCUUGGUCAAAGUGGGCCCCUGCACUGCUGCACAUGACUAUCAGCAGAAAGCAGUCACUACCAAGGCGUCGCCAACGAAUCUGCAGAAUUAGCAGACUGUAUUGAAGUGUCUUUUCUCCAUGAAGUUAUUUUAGUAUAUACAAAGCCUCAUUGUAACGGGACUGCAGUUUGCACCAUGCAGAGCACUGAGAGGUCACUUACAGUGCUUUAUUAUAAGCAGGUUGUACUGUAUUUUUUUUCUCUGCAUACUGCCUCUGUGCUGAAGUUCAGUGUACUUAUCCUAGUACAGGAAGCUAGGGAAAUAAAGAACACUGCUGAAGAGGAAAAAGUUAAUCAAGGGGAUUUACUUUUAAGACAAAAUUGCAGUGUCAGCAAGACUUGAGUUUUUUUGUAUAGCAAAAUCUCAACAUCAUCACCAUUAAUACGCACAGUUCUGCAACACCUAAAGCAUUCUCCAAACCACAGGAGUGGGAGCCAAGUGUAAUGAUGUUAGAUGUUCAACUUUACUGUAAAGAUGUAGUGGUUUUAGUUAUUUAAAAAGGGGGUUUUCAUGUUAGAAAUGAAAGAGAUUAAUUUCUACAUACACUUCAGUAUCAGUUGUUUUGAUACAUUUGAGGGUUUUUUUUUCCUUUUAAAAAGGCUUGAGGAAAUAAAUUUCAAUUUAUUUCUUAUGUUUACUAGAAUUAUUUUCUGUAGUAAUACUUUAUGACUAUAAAAAUAUAAAUGUGUAAGGGUUUCAAAAUGGUUUUUAACUAUAUGCAUGUAAGCCACAGAACAGUAGUAAAGAAUUCUUAAGCAGGAAGAA